AUGAUUCGGUUUAUAUGGAGGUGUGGUGCUGAAUGUAUCCGAAGCAUUAAAACUGUUUUAAAAAGCAGACAUUACGGAAUAAUAUAUAUUCUACUGAAUAGGUGGAGGACGCGUCAGCCUGAAGAUCGGGGUGCUUACUUAGCGGCGAAGAGGGAGGCUAAGAAGGCAGUCUCCAAGGCGAAGUCGGACCGCUACAAGGCUGUGUACGACAUGCUUGAUACCAGAGAAGGCGAGCGGGCAGUGUAUCGUUUAGUCAGAGCACGUCAUCGCUCAACGUUGGAUAUGGAGCACACCAAGAUCGUUAAGGGAGCUGAUGGAGCCGUUCUGCGCCGCUCUGGUCAGAUCCUGGAGAGGUGGCGAGAGUACUACAAUCACUUGUGUAACGAAGAGUUCUGUCAUCCUCCCAUCCCAACUGUUCCCAGCGUCGAGGGUCCUGUUCUACCAAUUACUGCCGUUGAAGUCAGUGCUGCCCUCGCAAAAAUGAAGUCGAACAAGGCAACCGGUCCUGAUGACAUACCCGUUGAUAUCUGGAAGCUGCUAGGAGAUCGAGGGUCCAUGUGGCUCGCAACUCUAUUUAACAAGAUCGUUGCAGAAGGACGGACUCCAGACGUUUGGCAAACUUCCGUGACCGUGCCUGUCUGGAAAGGGAAAGGAGACAUUGCUGACUGCACCUCGUACAGGCCUAUACGACUGCUCUGCCAUACGAUGAAGAUUUUUGAGCGUGUCCUGGAAGCUCGCCUGAGGAAAAUUGUUAGCGUUUCACUCAACCAGUGCGGUUUUGUGAAGGACUGCAGCACUAUAGAUGCUGUCCAUGCUGUCCGAAUCCUCCUGGAGAAACAUCGAGAGAAGAACCGCAAUGUGCAUCUUGCUUUUCUCGAUCUCGAGAAAGCUUUCGACCGUGUCCCACAUGAGUUGUUAUGGAUGUCCAUGAGGUCGCAUAGAGUACCAGAAGAAUAUGUGCGGUGGACGAAGCUGCUUUAUGCGAAGCCUACCAGCGUUGUACGAUGUGCUGUUGGAACAAGCAGGCCAUUCCCUGUACGAGUAGGGGUUCAUCAGGGUUCAUCCCUCUCACCUCUGCUGUUCAUACUGUGCAUGGACACGAUAACAAAGGAAAUCCAGAAGCAGCAUCCGUGGACUCUACUCUUUGCCGACGAUGUCAUGCUCGCGUCGGAGUCUCGAGAUGAUCUUCAGAAACAAGUGCAGUCUUGGAAGGAUCAGCUGCAGCAAUAUGGAUUGCGCCUCAACACAUCAAAAACUGAGUACAUGGAGUGCGGACCAAGGAUAGAGGAUGGUUCAAUUCGUGUUGAUGGCACCGAAUUAAACAAGGUGAACUGCUUCAAGUACCUUGGAUCCAAAGUGACUUCCACAGGCGACAUUGAUCAAGAAGGUCGAGCACGUGUUAAUGCUGCAUGGAUGAAAUGGAAAAUGGCAACAGGGGUACUGUGCGACAAGAAAGUCCCUGUUCGACUGAAGUCGAAGAUCUACAGGACGGUUGUGCGUCCUGUUGCCCUUUACGGAUGCGAGUGCUGGCCGACAACGAAAGCCUUGGAAAGAGUGCUGCACGCUAUGGAGAUGCCGAUGUUGAGGUGGACGAUAGGUGUAACGCUAAAAGAGAAAGUAUCCAACGACACUGUGCGCCCCAUCUUCGGCGUCGUCCCGAUAACUGAAAAGAUGAAGGAGGCCCGACUGAGAUGA